AUGCAAACUCCACUCAGAGCGGCCGUGUUCCGACCAUACAGGGAUCUCUUUGGUGGGGUCACUGCGAAAGACACUCAGGGACCGACCUCACCUGGACCCGCGGCCAAGACCUCACCUGGACCCGCCGCCAAGACCUCACCUGGACCCGCGGCCAAGACCUCACCUGGACCCGCGGCCAAGACCUCACCUGGACCCGCGGCCAAGACCUCACCUGGACCCGCGCCCAAGACCUCACCUGGACCCGCCGCCAAGACCUCACCUGGACCCGCGGCCAAGACCUCACCUGGACCCGCGGCCAAGACCUCACCUGGACCCGCGGCCAAGACCUCACCUGGACCCGCGGCCAAGACCUCACUGGACCCGCGGCCAAGACCUCACUGGACCCACAGCCCAGACCUCACCUGGACCCACAGCCAAGACCUCACUGGACCCACAGCCAAGACCUCACUGGACCCACAGCCAAGACCUCACUGGACCCACAGCCAAGACCUCACUGGACCCCACGGCCAAGACCUCACUGGACCCACAGCCAAGACCUCACUGGACCCACAGCCAAGACCUCACCUGGACCCCACGGCCAAGACCUCACUGGACCCACAGCCAAGACCUCACUAG